UUAUGAGCCGAAUUCGGCUUUAAUCUAUAGAGGCGACACACAAGCGCAGCGCGGCGUACGAUGCCCGUGCGCACUCACGCACACACCAGUGCCUCGCCCUCCUCACUAGGCUGCAAUUCGUCGCCGCGCCGCGCCCCGCACGCCCGCCCGCACGCAAUUGCAUUGCACUCCGACGCGCGUCGCGCUGCCGCGGUGCGUGCGUAAAAAGCGCACGCAGGAGGUGCGGGGUACGGCGGAGAGGACCGCGACUCGCCUGCACCAACACUGAACAGUCACCGCCAGCCGCUCGGAUGAGCACACCGCCCCCACAGGGCGCACCGCAGCUACCGCGAACAACCCCCGGUCGUGCUACGAACUACGUGCAGUGCUAAUGCGAACUUUUGUUAACUUCUCCGGACAUUUAUGAAAAUUUAACUCGCCGUUGCUGAAACUGGAUCGCUAACUCAACAAUUAAAGAAUCCCAACUCAGAAAAAUGGGGAGCAGCGAAGGUCAACAAACUUUUUGUUUGAAAUGGAACCACCAUAAAACCAAUUUGGUAGAAAUAUUAGAAGCUUUGAUCAAAGUUGAAACCUACGUCGACUGUACAUUGGUUGUUGACGACCAAGUUACAUUCAAAGCACACAGAGUAGUGCUCGCAGCCAACUCUCCAUACUUUCAGUCGAUACUAGCCGAUGUGCCUAUGGACCAUUGCAGCAUUCUUUUUCCAGGCGUUAAGGAUUUUGAAAUGCGCGCUCUACUCGAGUACAUGUAUACAGGAGAAGUGAAUGUUACUCAAGCUCAUAUACCACGCAUCAUGAAAGUGGCGGAGCAACUCGAAGUUAAGGGUUUGUUCGACAUGACGGAGUUAAGACGGCGGCCAGGAAGCAGUGAACGGACUCCAGCGGUAUCUCCGCCGCGAGUAGUGCCCGCUGCACCAUCUAGUGUGUCCCCACCCGUACCAAUCAGUCGCUGGCCACCCCCUCCCGCCGCACCCGUACUCUCCGCCGCGUAUGAUUCUGCUGACAUGAACCCUUUGAAACGAAAAAAGUUAUCAAGUAUGUUAGCCACACGGGACACUCCGAUUUUAAGAAACGUACUGGCUCAAGCGCCUCCUGUAGAUUCAUCUCAGCCCAUGUCUCUCGUAUGUCAUCCUCUCAGUCAGCAUGAGUCGACUCGGUUACAUUCCAACGGGUCGGCACAUGAAACUGAACGACCUAUCAGCCCACAGCGCCCUUUCGAUUACCGACCCCGUCGGUUGUCAUCGAGGGCUUCUUCUCCGCAUUAUAAUCGUUCUGACCGUUCAGAGGAUGCACAUUCACCCUACACGGAACGAUCUUUCGAAGAGGACAACCAACGUACUUUCCAUCCCUCCCCACCCCCGACCAAUUUCCAGCAAGAUGUUAGAGCGGGCCUAGCACCUUAUGUUCCACCGCAGCAGAAACCUGAAUGGAAGAGAUACAAACAGUACACGAGGUCGGAUAUUAUGUCAGCUAUCGAAUGCGUUCGAAACGGAAUGAGCGCUCUACAAGCCUCGCGCAAAUACGGCGUUCCCUCACGUACGUUGUACGAUAAGGUGAAAAAACUUGGCAUUACGACGAGUCGUCCUAUGAGUCGCGGAGUGAAGCGAGAAUCGAAUGGCGCUGCAUUCCCUUACGGCUUAAGUGGAACGGGAGGCAACGAUGACGGAACAUCUUCCACUCCUCUUAUCGACCCGUCUUUUCUGCAACAAGCCUUAGAAGGAGCUACGAGGGACGGUGGCCGGGAGGCUUUGCACGCUAUGGCUCUAGCCGCUGCUGCUCACGCUGCGCUAACUCCUCGAACGCCGCCGCGAUCAGCGCCUCAGUCUCCUCGAUCACCACCUCCCGAUGAUGACCACGUGGAAGAUCUAUCGAUAGCCCGGCGACGCGAUCCAGACCCACCUUCUGGUGUUAUUGUGCCACCUCGUAACUUUGCUCUCGAUUGCAAAAGCGAAAGAGAUUGAACUGUGAAAUAAGAAAAUAUUUGAAGUGAAAAUAUAGAGAGCAUUCGAAAAGACUGAUUUAGGCGUACAAAGUUAGAAGUAAGGCACUUAAUGAUAGGCUACUGGUAGGACGCGCAGCGCGCAUGCCUUGCUGACCGGGGACCGGCCGGGCGAUUGCAAUGGGCCCCGCGGCCACAUUAACUUCUACCUUUCUUCUUCUCUAUUUAUUUCCUAACGCUAUUUAUACUUGAUAACGAAAUAAAAUUUCCGUUAGACGGUAUGUCGGUGUCUUUUGUGAUUUAUGUUUGUUUUUUUUUCUUCUGUAGUUUCUUUAUGUUUUAUAACUUUUACGUAUCUGUUAAUGGACUAGUGUGUAGGUUAGCUUUAAUUCGCAUGUAAAAUUGUGUAAGUUGGUAUCUUAGUAGAGUCGAUGGUCAGGAAGGCUAUGGAAGCCUUAACACGUGACCUCGAGUAGGUCCACCUGGACGAGUUUUGUGCAAUUUGUUGUCCGCGACUGUGAUGUUUAUAGACUGAAACGCCGCCAUUACCUCACGCUCGCUACAGUUGAACUCUAGUCCGCUGAAAAGCACGACCUCAUGAUUUUCAUAAAUUCGUAGUAAGACAGCACCUACUAUGAAUGAAUUGAAAGGGAUCGUGCAUAGCAUUACGCUCAUUAUCACCUAAUAAAUAUAGCGACGUAUUUAUAUUCUAUGUAACUAUAUUAUGGAGUUGAUAAUAUAUUUUGUCAUUGUUUGCGAUUUGCCAUAAGUUCUUGUUCAUUGUUGAUAACUAAGUACUUUUAUUCACUUUUUCCUCCAAACAUUGAUUGAUUUGCACAAGCACGGUCGUUUUUAUUAGAUUUAAGGAUUCAAACACGUAGUAACUAUGUAUGCUCAAUCAUCUUAAAACUAUGUGACCAUGUUUGUUAAACUAAAACUUUUUUCACGAUUUUUGUAAUACGUAAUAAUGUUAAGUUUAUUUAAACUAUCAAAUAAAUAACUAUUAGGUAAAUUAAAUCUAUGAACUAAAACCUUGUCUAACGAAAAACAUCCUUAUAAUAUUUAUUUGACCUACCUACCUGUUAAAUCUGUUGAACCUUUUUCAAUAUGUUAACUUGUAAGAAAUGAUACUAUUUUCUAAUAAUUUUAUAACAUUGUUUAAGUUAAUUAUUAAUAAUAAAACUUAUUAUUUUGUAAUUCUUUGAAGACUGAUUUAUUACUUUAGUCUAGUUUUGAAAUGCCAUAGAUACUUUAUAGUAUUUGCAUAUGUGUUUAAUUAAGUUGAUCGCGAGUUUGUGUAGCAACUGCACUACUGAAGUGUCACGGUGUGCCUUGUUUGUUGAAAUCGAGAGUUUUGCGGACAUUCCAGUAGUUACACUUUGUGUUCUUAAGUACCUAAUAUUUAUGAGCACUACACAUAGGUUUAUUAAAAAUUUAAUCAAGAUAUUAUUGCGUGGUUUUUAAAACAGAUAUGUUUGUGUCGGGAACACAAUUAAUAAAUAUUAAUUAUUAUUAUUAGUCUUUAAGUCUUAAGAAAUACCUCAUAAUUUGUUUAGUUAGUCAAGAUGUUAUGUGAUUAUAUCAUAAAUACCUACU